AUGCAGCAAUGGGAGGAAUGGAGUGAUCGUCAGUAUGGGACACUGCUUCUUGAGAAGUCGUUCCUGACUCUGCUGGUGGUACUGAUCACCUUCUGUUUGUGGACAUGGGUCAAUUCCUGGUCUGAAAGCGCCCGAGAUGUCACCGUCGAAAUCCCUGCGCAAUUAAGCAAGAAAUGGCAGAUUGCCUCGAGAAGCGAGGCUGAGGUACAGCACAGAUGGGAGGAGAUAAGUGAUGGCAAGAUCUACCCACGCUGUCCAGCGGAUGGUCGUCUGCUCCAGACUGAACCCAUAGUCCCUGCGACAACGAAGGACAUCGAUGAUGCGAUUGCUCAAGCUGCGGCCGCGCAACGGAAAUGGUCCACCACGACAUUUUCCCAGCGAAGGCGAGUAUUGAACACCCUGAGACGGUAUAUCAUCCAGCAUCAGGACGACAUCGUGACCGCCUGCUGUCUCGACAGCGGCAAGACCAAGAUCGAUGCAGGCCUCGGCGAGAUUCUCGUCACAGUUGAGAAGCUGCAAUGGACUGUCGAACACGGCGAGAAAGCUCUGGCGCCCUCUCGACGACCAACGAAUCUAUUGAUGUCCUACAAGCAGAACACGGUCUACUACGAGCCACUCGGCGUGGUCGCAGCGUGCGUGAGCUGGAACUAUCCCUUCCACAACUUCAUCUCGCCCAUCAUCUCAGCGCUCUUCUCAGGCAACGCCAUCGUCGUCAAGCCAAGCGAACUGACAUGCUGGAGCACCCAAUACUUCACAUCCUUCAUUCGCCAGUCCCUCGUCGCUUGUGGGCAUGACCCCAACCUGGUCCAACCCAUCGUCUGCCUGCCCUCCACAGCCGACUACCUCACUUCCCACCCUGUUAUCGCACACAUCACCUUCAUUGGCAGCCGCGAAGUCGCCCACAAAGUCGCUGCCUCCGCUGCCGAAUCUCUGACCCCAACCAUACUUGAGCUUGGUGGGAAAGAUCCCGCUAUAAUCCUCGACGACCCCAAAUCCGUCGCCGACCUCGAGAGCGUGGCCUCCAUCCUCCUCCGCGGCUUCUUUCAAUCAGCCGGGCAGAACUGUAUCGGGCUGGAACGCGCCAUCGCCUUGCCCAACAUCCACGACGCACUGCUCGAGUACAUUCUUCCAACGAUCAAAUCUCUCCGCCUAGGCAGCGUCCUCCUCGACGCCUCCGCACCAGACAUGGGCGCUAUGAUCUCCUCGCGCUCCUUCUCCCGCCUCGAGGGUCUGAUCGACCAAGCCGUCCAAGAAGGCGCCACUCUUCACUGCGGUGGAACUCGCUAUGCCCACCCGCAGCAUCCACGCGGCCAUUACUUCCUCCCAACCCUGCUCUCGAAUGUCACGCACAACAUGGCGAUUGCCCAAACGGAGCUCUUCGCGCCAGUCUUCCUUCUCAUGCGCGCCUCCUCCGUCAGCGAUGCGAUCGCGAUCGCGAAUUCUACGCCCUAUGCCCUCGGCGCGAGUGUGUUCGGUCAUAAUUCGCAAGACGUACAGAGAUGCGUGAAGGAGAUUCGAGCAGGCAAUGUAGCGGUUAAUGACUUCGCGACUUUCUAUGUCUGCAGCAUGCCGUUUGGCGGGCGAGGUGGGAGUGGGUAUGGACGGUUUGGUGGCGAGGAGGGUUUGAGGGGAUUGUGUAAUUUGAAGAGUGUUUGCGAGGAUGCAGGCUGGGCGGCUGCUCUUGGGAUUCAGACGAAGAUACCUGGUGUGCUGAGAUAUCCGGUGGAGGGUAUGAGGGGCUGGGAUGCUGUCAGGGGGAUUGUGAGGACGGGGUAUGGCGUUGGGGUGAUGGAGCGGGUCAGGGGCAUGAGGCAGCUUAUGGGUUCGCUUUUGAGCAAGAGCAAAGGCGAGGAGAGGUGA